UCACGAACGACACAUCACUACCGCCCAUUGCAGUUCUUCCUCGAGAAAACAAACUCGACCGAAACACGGCGUGAAAUUAUUGUACAGUGAGACCCUUUUUUAAGUAAUUUUGAGAAGUGUACGUGAGGUCACGUUCACACGCACAACCUGUCCUCAUUCUGCAGGACAUGUUGCUCUUCUACGCGACGGUCGUCUCCGCCUUGUUGGGUGGUUCAUCCUCUGUUAGACCUGAAGUGAAGUGCAAUGGCGGCAGUUUGACUUUCCCAAUUCACUUAACACCACCUCUUUUUAAUGGCCAGCUGUACUUCACUCCGAGUACAGGGGGACGCAGUCGGUUGCUGAUGGAUAAAGGAGAGGCAAAGCACCCACGCAUAAAAGUUCAGAGCGGCUCGCUUAGAUUAAUACAGUUGACAGAGAUGGAUGAAGGAAUUUUUUCCAUCUCACGUGACAAUGGUGAACGACAAAAUGCAGUGACGCUGACAAUUAUAGCAUGUGUCGACGAGGUCAUGCGGGAUUACGGGGGCCGUUACUCAACAAAGGUUCCGAGAGAGGCAGAGUUCCUGGAGUUCACUCCCCUUCACGGUGUGGACCAGCUGAAGGUUUUGUGGAAUCGCUCUGACCCUCAAGCCAUCAACGGGGGCAGAGGGCAGAUUAACCGUAAUUUCUACGAGAUUGGGAAUCUCAAUCAGGCAGACAUGGGCUACUACAUCUUCAGAGGAAAAGACAACAAUUUGCUCAUUAGGAUCAAGCUAAUAGUCAAAGAGUUGCGGAGAUACUACAAUACAAAGGUUCACGACGAGGUCUUGAUUGAAAAUCCUAUGGCCAAUCGCCUGUGGACGGCGGCUUUUACACCUGUGGGGGAAAAGGAAAACCAAACAUUGAUGAGCGGUGGCCGUCUGGUCAGAGAAGAGGAGUUGGACUCGUACUCAGUAGGUUUUGCAGGGAGGCUGCGGUCCGUUGGCGGGGGCGUACAGAUUUACCCCGUGCAAAUCACAGACUCGGGCACCUUCGCCUUCAGAGACCGACGAGGCCACCUGUUCCAGACCGCAGAGCUGGUGGUCGACCCGGACCCCUUUUCAACUCUUUCUUUGGUUGGACUAAUUGUUGGGAUUCUCUUUGCUCUGAUUUUCUGCUGUUGCUGUGUGAGGAAGUGCUGUUGUAAAAAGAGGGCCGAGUUUGCUCCUCAGGCUGCAGCCCCACCUGCUGUGUGUCUCCACGACACAAAUCAACCCGGGUGCCCGAGUUACUAUGCUGCACCGGCUAGAGAUCCCAGUACUCCUUACUCAAUGAGUUCCCUAGUUUCCAGGGAACAUACAACUAUCUCUCUCGAGCCGUUGGUUGCUCCUCCAGGAGGGGAGGGAGUCAAUGCAGCUCCUUCACUCGCCACUAAUUUUCUCUCCUCGGACACCGAGCCAACGUUUCAGCUGAAAGGGCCGCAGUAUGCACCCCCCCUCAGUUCAAGCUCAGCUUUCUCGGAUGUUUAUACUUCAGAUAAACUCAACUUUCUGUAAAAAACACUCCAAAAACUCAGGCGACGCACUGUUGAAGCCAUUAUUGUACUUUGUGAGGAGGGGCCCUCGAUAGGUCUGUGUGACAAAACGCACAUUUAACAAUAAAUUCCUGCAAAGUCGUGGCGAUCGGUGCACAGGAUGAGGACCGUGUUGAAAAACUAGACAUAAUUCUCACUAUGUUGACACAGGACCAGUUGGUUCACGCGUGUGAUGUUCUCUUUCUUGCUAUAUAAAUCCAAAUGCAACGUGAUCAAACCGGUAUACUCUUGAUAACUAAGCAGUCAAGAGUUAUACAAAGACGUCUAACAAUUUAAGAAAAAUGUUAACUUAACUGUAGCUCCAUACUAUAGGUUUUGUUGAGUGGACGGAAAUGAUCGUAAUAUCCGUAGUAAAAUGAAAGGAUGAAUUUGUAUUUUAAACUCAGGUUAUAUAAGCAAUGUAUAGGUACACCUUCUCCUGCUGCAAGUAUAUCAAGGGGAAUGUUGGAGUCAUGACUGAAAGUCUGUGUAGCAGAUUUUAUACAGUGAGGACAUAAACCUGAUCAACACCAAUCAAUCACCAGUUAAAUCCCCUGUUACCAGCUGUACUUAACGUUUUUGGUUGUUUCUAACCCAUACGUGCCAAUUCAGCCAAAUAUAUCAACGUGUCUGUGUGGCCUUUGUUAUAUAAUUAUAACUAACGAUAUUUUAGGUUUUUACUUUUACUACUAUGUCUUAGAAAACUGUUACCCUCUGUAUUUUUUGAGAAUAUGCCUUGAUUCAUUAACCAUAACAGAUGUGGUCUACAUAUUUUGUAUAAAUAUGUGUCUGUAUUAUGUGUAAAAUAUGUAAGUAUACUUUGACUUGUGUUUUAAAUGAGGUAUUUUGAAAGCUAAAUAAACUGCCUUACUGGACUUAAUAUAAUCCCCAUCAGAUGUAUGCAAUGAAAUUGACCCUAACCCACAAUUAUAGAAUCUGUGCCCCACGACAACUACAAUUUUAAGAAUAGCAACAUUUAAAAGGGCUGUUAUGUAUGUACACCACGAUAUAAUCAUAAAACAAUUUCUAUUUAGAGAAAAAAUGAAAAUAAUGCAAAUUCUCUCACAGUUACAUUAUUGUUGGAUUUAACCUUCAGAUGCAAUUCAUCAAUCUUGAUGUUGCUGUUAAAAGGCUAAAUAACACAAUGGCAACAAUGUGUUUCUUUCCCCUUUGUUCCAGACCAAAUUAACCAAACUAGAGGAGAUAAGGCACCUUGGGUCCUGGGUCCGGUCCGACGUAACCCGGUGACGCUGCGCGCUUGAGGGGUUUGUUCGACUCGUCCAGAAUCAGGAAGGGCGGUUCCGUUGAAAACCUCCCCGCUAAACGCCGCGCACACACACUGGAAUUCAGCUUUCCCCACUCGGGUCACAUUCAGUUCCACUCGGCCUGACCCCUUAGGCUCUCGAACGUAAUGCAAUCUUGAUUUUGGGGCUCAAACGCAAGGCAUAAAUACACGAGCGGUACCCAUCUCCGAUGACACGUGAACGCACCACGCACGGACACGCCCUUCUCCGUUUUCUGCAUUCUGAAUACGGAGCUUCGUGCGGCAUUGUGUUGUUACCGUAUUAAUAACGUUAUAGUGCGCUGUACUACUUCUGUCUGAAUAGUGUGAACACACUAAAGAGUUUGCCGUCACCUACAUGUUGAACUGUGAACUGGUCCCAGUUUACACUGGACUCACGUUUACAAUCACGGGAAAUGAUGAUAGUCUUGUUGUUGCUGGGUGCCCUUGGUUGUAUGGGAGUCUCUCGUGUCACUGGCGUGGUGAAGAAGUAUGGGGAGAGUUAUUACUUUAUGCUGCAUGGAAACCCUCACGUCUUAGAGUUCCACCCGGAGCACAACUCAAAUGUGACAAUAUUGUGGAAAAAGGAUCAACGCGUAAUCACAUUGGAUAGGAAGUUUGUAAUGACGGGUAGUAUCUUUGCGAUACAUAAGUUAACUCAGAAUGACAGUGGCCACUACAUAAGUAGAGACAAAGAUCUGAAAGAAAUUUCCACCUACACACUUGAAGUAAAAGCAACCACGAGGACCUAUAGUCCGGAACCUGGUGAUCGCCUCAGCUUCACCUUCAAUCUGAAACCAGACUCCUGCAACAUUUACUUCUUCCCAAGCAGAACUCGCCGGCUGAGAAUGUUGGAGAAUAAAAUAAUUCGUGGCGGCGUGCUUCAGGGGGAUUCCGAUGAACUUUAUUGCAAAGGGUUUGAUUUUUUACAUCCAUGUGGGAUUUCAAAUAAAGUCCUCCAGAUUUCUUGCGACGGACGCUAUGAGAUCCGAGAUCAGAAUGACAACACGGCCUUAAUGGUGUCACUGGAUAUGAAUCAAAUCCUAAGGACCGUAAUACGGACACCUGGUUACAACUUCAACUUCACUUUUAAUCUGGAACCAAACUCCUGUAACAUUUACUUCCGGCCAGAAGGCGACUCAGUGAUUAACUUAGUCUAUGGAGGCGUGCUGCAGGAGGGUUUGGAUGAAAUCGGUUGCAGCGGGUUUGAGCUGUUAAAGCCAUGUGGGAUUUUAAACAAGGUCGUCCAGAUGUCGUGCAACGGAAGGUAUGAGAUCAGAGAUCAGAAUGACAACACAGGCUUUGUGGUAACACUGGAAAUGGAGCGUAAGUAACCGCUGUUAUUUGAUAAGUGUCAGAUUACUGUUUUAUUUGAGUAUUGUCUGAUCAUAUGAGUUCUUUCUAUUAUCUACUUCUUGUUGAAAUGUUUCUUUUUCCCGUCGAUGAAAGUGAACAGUAAUUCAAAUCAGAGACAGGAAGGAUAUUCUCCCAUUUCAGAGAAUCAGACGGUCAAAAAUGUGAUGAUUUGAAUUGAAUGAUUGAUGCGUUACCAUAAAUGAUUGCCGAUACAUUCUCUGUCCAUCCACUAAAUGACUGAUUGUUGCAGCACAACCGUAUUCGCUACCUGGUCUCAGUAUUGGGGUUGGCGUCCUCUCCAUGUUCUUGUGCUGUUGCUGCAAGAUCUGCUGCUGUGGGAAGAAAAAGUCCCAAGAGGAGCCGACUGAAACUGCUGCUGCCGAACCAGAGGUCCAAUACCAAAGGCGUUACAAUGAGCCCUGCGGACCGAGCUCAGACCAACUCAUUGAGCCCUUUGGGACAAACUGCUUCAAUCAGCCUUCUUCUGCUCCGAGUGAUUCGCUGGUACACAACCAUCCGUUUCAGGAUUCGCCGCCCUCUUAUUCUGAGGUUUUACCUGAUGCUCAGCAGCCAGCUGCUCCAUCUCUCCCAGUGCACCAUGACCCUGAACCCAAGUUUGAAUUUAAGGGCGUGACCUUUCCCUGUGCUCCCCCACUCGAGUCCGACUCAAGCCGCUGUGACGUUUAUACCUCAGACAAACUCAACUUCCUAUGAGGGCCUUAUUUCCAAAGAUACAUCGGAAUGCGUGAACACUUCUUUGUUAACGUACUGAUUACUGGGACAUGGAAGGAUUAGCUUGAUAUUUUAGCAAAUACGCAUAUUCUUUUAAUGGAUUAAGCCAGUAAGGGAACCUUGCGUGCCCAAGGGCACCCUGGCAAUAUGUGCACGAGAGGUCUUUAUUUAAAGGUUGAAGUGCCCUUUUAUCUUCCUGCCAUAUGACCUCUUAUACAGCCAUUUGCAUUUGCGAAGCCUGUUAUUUUUGUUAUUUGUGAAAUGAAUCUUUACCCGUCCGAUUCUACCUCUUGAUUGGCUCGGACAUGUUGCCUUAUUUGCAGAAUUUGUUAGCUCUGGAUCAGUGGAAUGAAAAAUAACUUUUGAAUGAAAAUCUGAGAAAGAAUUCACAAUAAUGUUCUACCUCGUGAGUCUCACUUGAAUUGCUCACAGGAGCCUACGGAGUGAAUAGCUGCCUCAUUCCUGCUGUUUUACUGCCAUGAUUUACUGCAGACCGGCGUUACUGUGACGACACAAAGGUAAACCAGUCCUAUGUUUGCAAAGUUGUCUGUAUGUGAAAGUCGUCGUUGCUCUAGAGGUACAUUUGCUUGACGAUCUCUUGCGUGGAAUUUCACUUGCAGCUGUUAAAAACUUCUGUUAAAAACUUGUAAAAGUUGAUACUUCCAUUGUAGUUUAGUGUGGAUUCUUCAAAUUAACCUCUAUUGGCUGUUAACGAAUAUUGAUACAUAGUUAGUGUAUUUAAUUUGCUCAGGCCAGUUACAUAAAUAUAUCUAGAUGUGUAGAAGUCAUAUUAUAUGGAUUGUUUGAAAAACACAAAAGAAACAAGACCCAGUUUCGGUUUCCUGUUACAUAUUUUCAUAUGUAACUGCAUAUAUGUCAAAAUGUUACCAAACGUGCAUUACAUUAAGUCUAAUAUAUGUGGGACUUUUACAAACAUAUAUUUUUUGUGUACGUUGUUAAACAUGCAUGAAUUUAUUGAUUGUAUAAUUGGAUUUGGUGUUUAAAUCUUUAAUGCAUUAAAUCUAAUAACACUGAAACUA